AUGGCUUUUGAGUUAAUUGUAUUAUUAAUGCUAAUUAAGCUGUCAAUUAUAGUUUCUUUAAAGGAGUACUAUGAUACAAUGAACACAACACUGAAAUGUAACUAUAUUCCAAAAGAUAUUCCAAAUGGAAUUUCCUUUGUACACAUCCUGGAUUUUAAAGAACAAAAUCAAAUCUUUGAAGUGAACAGUUCACACUUUGAGACUGAUAACUGGAGAAGGGUCAAAUCACUUGAGUUAACAUACACUGUAAGUGAAUAUAUUUCUUCAAUUAUUCUAAAGUCAAAAUGUUUCCAUGGAUUAAAAACCCUUCAAGAGCUACAUAUACAUCUGAUGACAGGAAUUAAACUUGAUCCGAAUGCCUUUACCGGACUGGACACCCUGAAGUUGUUAGACAUGUCCGGAUGUGUAAGGUUGAGUCUCACUGCAUUAGUGCGAAGUAUAAACGGAAAGGGUAUAUUACCCAGCUUAGAAAAUUUGAAUGUGUCAUAUUUAAAUCUCUACAGGGAACCAAAUAAAUUCGGCACAAAAUUGGCACAAGCACUGCAAGAUAAAAAUGUUACAUCUCUAGAUUUUAGCUACACAAGGAUCUCUGAAAUAAAUUUAACAGCCCUGUUAAAUUCUAUGAAACACUUGAAAAAUGUGAACAUAUCACAUUGUACAGUAUCACAUGUGACUAUAGAUAAAAGCACUGAUGUCUGUAAAUUUAUGCAUCUACAUGUUUUGGAUUUUAGUCAUACACGCCUGCUUUGGGAUAUUCCAUCUCAAAUCAAAAUAUACAAUAAGAUAUGGCAUUCAUCAGAUUUAUCUGACGAUUCUAAUUAUAUACUUUCUCCUAAAGUUGUAAAUUUUAGUAGUAUAAGCAUCUCAGGAAGUGGCCAGUUGUGGAUAAUUAAUAGUACUGGGCAAGUAAACAUACCCUUGGAAUGGCACAGUCAAGAACUGAUUCUUCGACAAAAUAACAUCAAAUAUCUAGAUAUUCAGAUGCAGUGCAACAUUUAUGCAGCAUUUACCUUUAAACAUAUAGAUCUAGCUGAGAAUGGACUAGAAUUCCUUCAUCCAAGUAUGACUGCCUGUUUCCCAAAUCUUGAAAGGAUAGAUCUAUCAAGAAAUCAGCUUUAUAAAAUGGUUCAAGAACAUCACAUGUUUUUUAAGCAAUUAUAUGUUUCCCUGCACCAUUUAAAAAUGAUUAAGUUAUCAACAAACUUUCUGACAAGCAUACCGAAAGAUACUUUUAUUCAGAAUUAUGACCUUGAAAAGAUUGAUCUUUCACACAAUAACCUUGGACAGGUGACUUUUACUCUGCAACAUCUAAAAAAACUGAAAGUGCUUGAUCUUCGAAAUAACAGGAUAAAGAUUCUGAAUGGAAUUUCCAUGAAUAACUUGGAAUCCAUGAACACAAGGGUACCCAAACUGGGAGAUAUAAGAACAUCUGUACAACUGGAGUCUAACCCUAUUUCAUGUUCAAAGUGUGAGGCAAAAACGUUCAUCAGCUGGCUUACAAGCACUAAAUCUGUUGACAUUCCAACAUCGAAUCUUAGAUGUAUUACCGAGAGUGGCUCAACACAAAACAUCAACUAUCGUACACCAGAACUAGUACAGGGCAUAUGUAAUAAGAAGACAGUUAUAAUUUCUAUAAGCACAUCAGUGGGACUGAUUGCUUUUAUUGCAGUGGUAACUGUGACAAUAACGUACAAAUGUAAAAAAUGGGCAAGAAAUAAAGCCAAAAGGAUGAAAUUUUUAAUGAAUUUGCAUGCAGGUCAAGGUCAAUAUGAAUUUGCUGCUUUUUUAUCACACAGCAGUGAUGACACAGAUUUUGUAGAGAAUUAUCUGCUGGAUAAGUUGAAUGAAAAUCUGCAACUUAUGACAGGUAUAGACAGAAACCUAGUCUGCACUGGAGACGCAUACCUGCGACCAGGUUUCCUGAUUCUCGACGAAGCUGCUCGAUGUAUAGAGCGAGCAUCAGCUUUCAUUGUUGUGGUGUCUGAUAGUUACUGCACCAGCGCUUACUGCCACAAUGAGAUAGACCUGGCAAAUCGUCUAAACAAACCUAUCAUACUUAUGAUUAAAGGUCAUGUGGAUGAAAACCUGAUGAUGCCCACUAUGAAAAUGCUCUUCAAGAGUAAUGUUAGAGUAUUAUGGACACUUGAAAACAAUGAGUAUAUAUUAAAAACAACAUGGGAAAAUGUAUGCGCAUCUGUAUUAGACCUCAUAGCUCAAAACGAAAAUAGAGAAUUGCUCCAGCAAGCCCUGUUUAGAGGACAGUUAUACUCUAACCACCAACUUGAGUAA